AUGUUAGAAAAAAAGUUUGCUGACAUUGACAAGAAAUUUGAGAAUGUUUUGAAGAAGAACAAGAGGAAGUUAGAAAAUGCUCAGAUAAAACCUAUACAUGACAAGUUCUUAUUUGCUCAGAAUGGUAUAACAGGUCUAAUUGCACCACCUGGGUCGGGUAAGACUUUCACUUAUCUUAAAAUGGCUGCACAACAACAAGAACUAGAUGAGAAGAACCCAUUCUAUGAGUUAGUAGUCAUUUGUAGUACUUCUGGUCAAUUUGACCAAACCGUCAAUUCGUUCAAAGAUAUUAUAAAGAAGUCUAA